UAAAGUGGACUUCGCAAAAUGGUACACACCUUGUGAGUCAGGAUUAAACAUUUUAUCUUCUCUGUUAACGGCUAUCACGAAUUCUUCGAUUUUGAACAUAUCUCGGAGCAACGAACUUCUUUACCGGUAUCUGAAAUCUCCAAAGUGUGGUUGUGUUCGUUUGUUAAUUCCAUUGACAGACGUAUGAAAAUUUUGUUGCUACGCGGUCGAUUCGAUAGAAUAGCAAGAUCGAAUACGUGGUAAAAAUAAAUGUGUUUGAGAAAAAGCACAAAAGAAAAAUAUUCGUGACAAUUGUUCGAUUUUUUGGUGAAAUAUUUAUUGCAGUACAUGUGUAUCGUCCAAUCAUUAUCGAAGAAACCGUUAGAAAUUUCCGUUGUAUGCGCAUUUGAACGAUCUAGUAUACAUUUGUCAUUUGCGUGCGGGAACCACUCCCGAUUAGUGUUACGGUGUUUCCGCGAUACUCGUUAUUUAAAGGAAGAAUACAGAUAUGGCUGUUAAUGUUUAUGCAACAAAUGUGACAACUGAAAACUUGAGUCGACAUGAUAUGUUGGCAUGGGUAAAUGACUGCCUUCAAUCAUCAUUCACCAAGAUUGAAGAAUUAUGUACUGGAGCUGUUUAUUGUCAAUUCAUGGACAUGCUAUUCCCUGGAAGUGUGCCAUUGAAGAGAGUCAAGUUCAAGACUAACCUUGAGCAUGAAUAUAUACAGAAUUUUAAAAUUUUACAAGGUGGUUUCAAAAAGAUGAAUGUAGAUAAAGUAAUACCAGUGGACAAAUUGGUAAAAGGCCGCUUUCAAGAUAAUUUUGAAUUUCUACAAUGGUUCAAGAAAUUCUUUGAUGCAAAUUAUGAUGGCCGCGAGUAUGAUGCUUAUGAAGCACGUGGUUGUAUACCAUUGGGUUCUGGUGUUGAUGGAACUCAUAAUUUAUCAAAUCCUCAAUUGGUACCUUUACCACCUCAAUCAAAACAGACGCAAAUGCAGCAAAAGCAUACACAACAACGUAACAUUACCCCUCGCCAACAGGUUACCAAAGCUCCAGCUCGUCCACAAGCGAAAACAGGAGUUGGCAAUCGCGGCGAAGCUGGAAAAGUUGAAGAACUCAGUGCACAAGUAAUGGAAUUAAAAAUGUCUUUGGAAGGACUGGAAAAAGAAAGAGAUUUCUACUUUGGAAAAUUACGUGAUAUCGAAGUUAUGUGCCAAGAUUGUGAUAACGGAGAUCCUCCACCAAUAGUCCAGAAAAUAUUAGAAGUCCUUUAUGCGACAGAGGAAGGAUUUGCACCACCAGAAGAAUUGGAAGGAGAUGGUCUCGCGCCCGAUGACGAGGAAGAAUAUUAACUUUACAUUUUGUACAAUCAUUAUAAAAAGUACGACAGCAAAUUGUCCAAGUGCGUUUCAGUUUGUUAUCUAUUUGUGAGCCAGUAUCAGUACCCUUCGCAUAAUUGAUAAGCUACUUUGUAAAGCUAUUUAAACAUUUUCGCCUUCAUUUCGUUACAAACGUUCACCGAGAGUUCAUUAAAAAGAUUCGCACGUAUAAUUAGGAUAGAAAGUACGUUAAAUAAUGCACUUGAAUAACUUGUACUCUACGAAAAGUAAUUAUUAAGAAUGAAAACAGAAUUAGCAGUUCAUAUAUUGUCAUAGUUCUUUAUCGUAAUUAAAAUAACGGUAGAGCUUUGAACAUCGACAAAUCUCAAAA